AUGCCCUCGUACCAUCUCGUGUCUCGUAGAGUGCGGAUAGGCCGUUGCAAAGGCUUGGCGAGCGGAGAGCACUCGUACUGGUACCAAAUUGGCUGGCACCCCGGUGCGCCGGAGCGUGACGACUGCGAGCUUGGACAAAAGAGCAAAAAGCCCAAGAUGACGGCGAGCGGUGGUGCGCAGGGCAUCGGGUUCAAGCGAGGCCACAGGAAGCCACGAGCGGAAGAGGCUGUUGAUGUCAUUUGCCUGCUGGAUCGAGUCCCUCUGUAUGAAGUCCUCGGUACCCAGUACUCCACUCCUCCUUCACCGAGGGCACAGCUUCGGACGGCCUACCGCAACAGGUCCUGGGUCACUCGCAUUAAUGACCCCAAAGACGAAGCAGCGCCAAACACUGGCCAUAAGGGCGUACGACGCUAUACCGGCACGAUCAUGAAGGCCAUGCCCGGGUGGGCAAAAUGGAAGCAUGACACGAGCAUGAUGAGCAGAAAUGCUGCCAAGACCAAAGUACCUCUACCCGCAGCCAAGGCGCUUCCAUGCAGCAGCAAAGUGGCUUGA